AUGGCGUCCAACCACUCCUCACUCGAUGCUGCCGCAACGGAACGAAAAGCACGCCUCGCAAAACUCGCAGCGCUCAAGCGCAAGCAGCCAGAACCAGAAACACCAUCAGACUCCAAUACACAAGAACAAGAGCCUCGAAACGAUGUCCCGGACGUGACGGCAAAAUACCUCUCCGGGAGAAAUUACGACACAGAGACCCGCGGCCCGAAAUUGGGGUUUGACCAAGCUCCAACAGACGGACGAAUUACUUUGGAAUCGCAAGCGGAGGAGAUAGCAAGAGAGGUUGCGGAGCAGGCGAAGAAGGAUGAAGAUUCGGACCAGCCCAUCGACUUGUUCAAGCUGCAACCGAAGAAGCCCAACUGGGAUCUAAAGCGAGACCUAGACGAGAAGAUGAAGAUUCUUAACGUGAGAACACAAAAUGCGAUUGCAAAGCUCGUACGGCACCGUAUCGAAAAUGCGCAACGUGAAGCGAAGGCAAAGGGCGCUGGUGCCAAUGGCGAUAAGCAGGAUGAGGAGGUUGGUAUUGAAGGGGAGAUGCUAGUGGAGGGUAUUCAUGUUCGUGAACGAGAGGAGGAGGAUGAGAGGCAAAGAGAGGAUGAUGAUCUUGCAUGA